AUGGAAGGGGAAACUCUACCCCUCGCCCAAUAUCUGUUCAAGCGUCUGCGCCAAUUGGGUGUAGACUCUAUCUUCGGCGUACCCGGUGACUACAACUUGACACUUCUAGAUCAUAUCGUGCCAUCCGGACUCAAAUGGGUGGGAAACUGCAACGAGCUAAAUGCAGGCUAUGCUGCGGAUGGCUACUCUCGGAUCAAAGAAAUUGGCGCGGUGGUGACCACGUUUGGCGUUGGCGAGCUGUCAGCCAUUAAUGCUAUUGCAGGAGCCUACGCAGAGAGAGCCCCAGUUGUGCAUAUUGUUGGAACACCCAUGCGCGCCUCGCAAGAGUCGCGCGCAUUGAUCCAUCACACAUUCAAUGAUGGUGAUUAUCAGCGAUUUGACGCUAUACAGGAACAUGUCACUGUAGCGCAGGUCAGCCUGAACGAUCAUCGCACGGCACCUUCCGAGAUUGAUAGGAUUCUGCUGCAAUGUCUGUUGCACAGUCGACCUGUUCGUAUCGCUAUUCCUGUUGACAUGGUGCCCGUGCUUGUUCCUGUAGCGGGCUUGUCGUCGAAGAUCCAAAUUCCGCCCGCCGUGCGCCAGCCACAGGUGGAGGAAGCAGCCCUUAGUGCUGUCCUCAAACGAAUCUACAGCAGCAAGAAGCCGAUGAUUCUGGUCGACGGAGAGACAAGAUCGUUCGGCAUGCACGGCAGAGUAAAUCACCUAGUCAGGACGAUAAGCUGGCCAACAUUUACAUCUGGGUUUGGCAAGGGCCUAGUCGAUGAAACAUUACCCAACGUCUACGGAGUUUGUACGCUUGCCUACAAAGCUUUCGUCGACUCCUGCGAUUUAGUUCUGGUUUUCGGACCACACUUCAGCAACACCAACUCCUACAAUUACUUGUUAAAACCAGCGGACGAGAAAUCUGUUCUGCUUAGUCCCAACUCGAUCCAGGUUAACAAAGAUGUCUUUCGCGACCUUCCAGUCGGAUAUUUCAUUGAGCAGCUCACCCAACAACUCGAUAUAUCCAAAAUACCGACACAUAAACAUGACCUUGUCCACCCAUCACUCAGGACACUCCCCGAAGUGUCCCCUACCGAUCUAGUCACACAGACCGGGGGCUUCUGGAAGCGAUUCUCACCCUUUUUGCGAACUGGAGACAUUAUCCUCGGUGAGACCGGAACACCAGGCUACGGCGUCAACGACUUCAUACUACCCCCACAAACCCGUCUCUUCAAACCAGCCACCUGGCUAUCAAUCGGAUACAUGCUUCCAGCCGCACUAGGAGCAAGCCACGCACAGCGCGAUCUAGUCAUCUCCAACAAAUACCACAGUGUAUCUAACCCUCGCACGAUCCUAUUCAUCGGCGACGGCAGCUUCCAAAUGACCGUCCAAGAGCUUGGUACCAUCAUCCAUCAAAAGCUCAAUGUCAUAAUCUUUCUAAUCAACAACGACGGAUACACCAUCGAAAGGUGUAUCCACGGCCGCAGCCAGGCAUAUAAUGAUAUUGCUCCAUGGCGGUACCUCAAAGCCGCAGAGUUCUUCGGCGCAGACCAGGAGGGCGAGUAUAAGGCAUUGACAUGGGAAGUCCGGACCUGGGCGGAUUUGGAUCGCGUAUUGAAUGAUUCACAGCUGGCUAAUGGGAAGGGGUUGCGGAUGGUGGAAGUUUUUAUGGAGAGGCUUGAUGCGCCGGAUGUAUUGAUGGGUUUGUUAAAUAAUCAGGUUUUGAGGGAGAAUGCGCAGAGUAGGCUUUGA